GUCGCUUAUCUCACUUUCUGUUCAGAGACUGUGCUGCAAUUCUCAGGGGUGCGAGGGUGGAGGCUAUGGGAGAUACAGGGAGGGGCAGAAAGGCACAUGGAGACACAAGCAGAUACAGAGCUAGAGUAGAGCUAGAGUACAGAAAGCAAUGAGAAGGGAAAGACCCCGUUAGACUGCAGCGUUCCUGGGAAGAUCCCUGCUAUGGGUGCCCCAUCUCACCCUUUAUUCAGGACCCUACAGUGGAGGACACUGCCCUUUCUUUUGGCCUUUUGGGCACUUCUAUCCACAGGGACCGCUGAAGACUCAAUAAUCACCCCUGAAUUCCUCCGACACAUAUCUGAGAAAAUUCCUGAGGAAUAUCAGAAUCCACAUUGCUUCACAACGGACUUGAAUGAUUUUAUCUGUUUCUGGGAGGGAGAAAAAACAAAAAAUGCAUCUUUUUCCUAUUCUGAAGAUGACCAAACCAAGACGUGCCGGCUCAGGACAGAGGAGGCAUCUAAUAACACCUGGUGGUACAUCUGUGAGUUUCCAGUCACUGAAGUUGUCCUGUUCGCUGGCAUCACCAUCUCUGUGUACCCAUGCCCCGGGUGCCAGGCUGCCAGGGAGAUCUAUAUUAAUGAACUCGUGUUGCUCAAUCCCCCCUUAAACGUGACGGUGAAGGAGAAGCAGGAUCCGCGGGGACUUCUGAUUUCAUGGAAACCCCCACACUUCCAAAAGAAUCAUGAUAUAAACAAUGAGAUAAAAUACCAGGUCAACUACUCAACCCCAAAUGGUGAAGUGCAGACGGUGGAGGUGGAAGCAGGAAGGACUGAGAUUAUCCUCACUGAUUUCGCCCAAGUUGCAUAUACCGUCACAGUAAGAUGCAAAGCUGAUGGUGCAUCAUAUAAAGGCUACUGGAGUGAUUGGACUGCACCUAUUACCAUAGAAACCUUUAUUGAUCUCCGCCUUCUCUUGUUGUUGAGUAUAACUUUUUUUGUGGCCCUGGUUGCUGGAGUCGGAGUUUAUGUGUUCAUGAGACACGGCAGGUUCCUGAAACACAAGGUGUGGCCGCAAGUCCCCACCCCAGAGAAUCAUUUCCAGGGGCUCUUCACAACGCACAAAGGAAAUUUCAAGUUAUGGCUUGGCCAGGCUGACACCUACCUAUUGUGGAUCUCCAGACAUGUCUUUCAAGAAGAUCCCUCAUCUACACUGGAGGUCCUUUCUGAGCUUCCAUCUGCCGCACUUCCACGCUCUUUCAACCCAAAUCCACUGAAGGACAGUUACGUGGUUUUGGAUGAGAAUCGCAUGCCUCGUUCUCUGGAGUGGUUUCAGGCUCAGAGGCAUAAAGCUGGCUUAGUCGGUGCUGAAAACUUGGACUCCAGGUUGCACAAAAGUCCAAGUAAAGAUGUGGUAUUGGAGGAGACCAGGGAGGAGCAGAUUACAGUAAAGGCAGACGACAGAGUGCAGAAUUUAAAAGGAGACAGAAGUCAUGGUGAACUGUUUAGAGAAGAUGAGUAUGUGGAAGCUCCAAUGGUGGAGCGUGAACGGCACAGAGUGUCUAGGGAAAACUCAGUGAGCUCCGAUGGGAAGCAGAGUUCUCCCUCGAGUUUUGAGUACACUGAACUACAGACUUGUGAGGGUCUCCUCUCGCCCAAACCAAGGCCCAUCCCUCCUCGCAUUCCACUUAAGUACACCUACCUUGAUAUGUCUAAUUCCGGAGAAAGCAGCCCGCCGCCAUCUCCGAACUUUUAUCAGAACAGCCCGAUCACAAACUUCUUGGCCCCUAUAUACUCACAAUGCUGAAGGCAGGUUUCACAAUGCUGAAGUCCGUGAGAAAAUACAUGGUGGAACAGAGGAUUACUACAUAGGCAGGAGGUUAAUGAUUGGAGGAAAAUAUAAAAAAAAUGGCAUUAAUAUCAAUGGAACUAAGGAUAAAUUUACAUGUUUCUUCAUUUUCAUCCUUUGUUGAUAUAGUAGCUCCAGUUGAGUUACUCAAGACUUUGAACAAGAAGCCUUUAUACGUAUUAACAAAUAAGACUUGCUAAAUGAUGAGAGGGUCUGGCUUUGGAUCUUACAUUUGGGCAGGGGUUGUUGGAAAGUUUUUAUGUUAUGUUGGCUUUAGUGAAUCCAGGGUGUAUCAUUCAUCACUGAAGAUGACAGCCAACCUGAAGAUCUUCUGUUGAAGACCAAGUCCUAAUCUUGCUAUGGUAGCCAAGUAGGUGGCCUACACCAGAGAAUCAUGCAAUGUACAUAUCUGUAUAUAAAUGCUGUUGUUCUGGGACAAACAACGUGAUUUCAAAAUGUAUUUCAUCAUUAUAAUAGUCUCCUCUUCCUUUUUAAAAGGUGUUAGGGGCAGGGGGAAACUAUAGAUCUUUUCUUAACCCCAGAGUUUUUCCUAAAGAAUUUUUAGUGUUCUGUAUAUAAUUUCAUUUUGUCUUUUUUCCCCACUCAUUUGGUUCUAUAACAUUUUUGUACUAUAUGUUGUUGUAUACAUUUUGUAAUAAAAAUACUAUUUUCUUAUUUUUCUACAGUGA